GUCUACUCCAACCUUGGGACGUCAUGAUGAGGGGCAGCUCCCGUCGUCCGUUGGUGUCGGCUCAGUGUGGGAUAUCGCGAGCGACGGCGAAAGGUCCGGAAAGAAACGCCGAGCGGACGACAACCGCGUACUGAGCUCCAGUGUUCGGACGCCCUGCAUUUCCAGUCGCGAUCGGCGAUAAGAGCCCCACCAGCUGGGCAGUCGCACGUGAACUCAGACAGGACCCCGAGGCUCGGCUUGACGGCCGCUGUCUCUCUCUUCUCUUCAGUCAGUCUUGAACGCCCCGCAGUCCGCGCAACAUGGCGCGUUCCGGCAGCGAUGGCGAGAGCGAUGACGCUAUGCAGUAUAGCAAGCCGCUGCGUCAGCAGAAGAAGCUCUGCGAUGAGGCCAUGGAGCUGGUCAACGCUGGCGUGGCCAUGCAAAACGCGUCUCCGCCCGAUGCGGCGGGUGCCGACGCCAAGCUCUCGCGCGCAGUGACGCUCAUGGAGCAGGCACUGGCCAUCGAAUACCCGACGCAGGAGGAGCGAGACGCCAGUCAACGUCUCAAUAACAAGAUGAACCGAUACGUCAAGAUGAUCCGCAGCCAGCGCGAGAAGGGCACGGCUGGCGGCGCUACGGGCCGUGGACACAAUACCAAGUACAACAUUCUACCCAUGGACAACUUGCCAUCCACGUACAAUGCCGUGGUCGAGCUAUUAUCCAAGUAAGAAGACGCUGCGUGAAUUUUCACAUUAUGAAGUGGGUGCAAAACUAACACUGAUUUCUCUCUCUCUCUCUCUCUUU